AUGCAUUCCACCAAAACUGAUACGACAACUUCGGCUGGUUCCUCAGAUAGGACACUUUGGUCUCAUUCUACUGACGGAUCUCACUCAUCGGACGGCCAUCCUGUUUUGAGUUUCUACCAUCGUGAAGCUCGUAUUGCAAUGAAAAAGCUCAAUGAAUUCUGCAAGGCACAUGAUGCAACUCCUCAAUCUGUGUGUUUCACUACCUGGUCGAUUGUACUCUACCACAUGACAGGGCAAAGUGACAUUUCUGUGGAUGUUGAAAGUCACUAUCCGAUGGCUCUUGCAGAGCGACCUGAAUGUAGAACAUUCAAUAUGACACUAAGGAGUACUACAACACCACUUGAGCUGAUCACCCAGUACAAAGUGUCUGAAAUUUCAUCGUCUAGGGAGACGGCAACUCAGGAACCAAGCAUCUCAAACGUCAAAGACAAGCACAUGUUCAAAAUGAUACAAGAGGCAAAGGUGUUCCAAGAUGAGCUCGAUAAAACAGUUUCCUCUAGCCUUGAUUACGUUUCCUACGCCCAUUUGUUGAUCGAAUCGGAUACUGCUACGCUCAAGUUUCUUUGGAGAAACGACCUCCAAGAUCAGGAAGAAAUAGCCAAUAUCCUCGAUCAUACAUAUAACUGUAUACUUUCCCAGCCAGACGCUUCGAUACAGUCGAUGGGUAGUCCUACUCUGAGACAACUAGAACUACUUUCCACCGAGCCUGAAGCAGACUCAAGCUUCAACAUCCUGGACCUGUUUUGUCUUACAAGUUCCACGUUCCCAUCCAGAACAGCUAUCAAUGCAUGGGAUGGCGAUCUAUCAUAUCAGGAACUUCAGAAUACUUCAGAACGAUGGGCCAAAGCUUUGCUAUCACUUGGCCUGACUACAGGUGAUAGAGUUAUCCAUGCGUUUGAACAAUCUCGGUCCGCAAUUGUUGCCUGGCUGGCCAUCCUCAAAGCUGGUUGUACCGUCGUGCCGAUAAACCUACCAACACCAACUGAGAGACUCAGAACCAUCAUCGACUCGACAACAUGCAAAGCAGCGAUUUGUGACACGACCGGCUCUUCACAUAUUGGCCCCAUUUCAUUGCUUUUGCUUACCCCAUCCGACCUAGAUACAAGUGGUAAAGAAGGCAACAUUGAACUCAGAAAAGUCAGUACUUCGAGCAUUGCCGUUAUCAUUUUUACCUCAGGAUCUACCGGCCAACCCAAAGGUGUCAUUCAAACACACGGUGCCAUUGCGAGUAGCCUAGUAAAGGUCACGAAGGUAUUGGGACUGGAUGAAGAAAGCAAGUUUCUGCAGUUUGCUCCGCAUUGCUUUGAUGCAAGUAUCUGCGAGAUACUCGGCACACUUGUCACCGGUGGCUGCUUGUGCAUUCCAGCCCCUGAUAAAAAGCUAAAAUACAUCGCCAAAAACAUCAACAGGAUGGAGAUUACCCAUGCCAUCUUGACACCUACAGUUGCAAAGAUGUUAUCGCCAGAUCGCGUGCCAAGCCUCAAAAGUCUGAGUGUAGGUGGGGAGCCUUGUUCUUCGGACCUUCGUGAAACUUGGUCGCCUCAUUUACAGUUCAACAUCUUAUAUGGCGCGACCGAGGGUGGAGUGUGGGAUACCAUCAAGCGUGUCAGUCCUGAUGACGACUUGAGCGCUCCCAGCAUCGGGUUUCCCAUCAACAGCCGCGUUUGGAUAGUGCAUCCAGACGACUGGACUAUGCUCUCCCCUUUAGGGGUUCCAGGGGAGAUAUGCAUCCAAGGGCCAGAAAUCGCUUCAGGCUACCUUGAAGACGAGAAAAAGACCGAGGAAGCUUUCAGCGAUCGUGGACUAGUCAUGAAGGAUGGUAGCCUGCGUAUCCUUGGUCGCAUAGAUCGCCAAGUUAAGAUUAACGGCCAGCGAAUCGAACCUGGAGAAAUCGAGGAAACAUUGAGGCAACAUUUACCUGAUCACCUAAAUGUAUUUGUUGACACCUUCACACCUCGAGGAGAUAAAUCAAGGCUAGUUGUGUUUUUCUCCCAUGGAACGAGCUCUGAGCCUUCCCUGAUGCAAGAAACCGACCUGGACCCGGCGGCUCGUGAUGCCAUUCGUUCGUCUCGAGACGUUCUACCUGACAUCAUGGUGCCGUCAGUGGCCAUCCCCAUCACAGCCUUCCCAAUGACCCAAACGAACAAGGUCGACCCUCAAGCAAUUAGGAAACUUGGUACUGCCUUCUUCGAUUCCCAGAAUAUGUCCUCCCCUCCGAGUCAUGCCACUAGAGAUUCAAAAUCUGAGAACAAUAACAGAACAAAGGCCGAAAAUGUCGUCCAAAAGUUCUUGCACGAACUCGGAAAUGGCUGUACAAAAGCCUUGGAAGAUCCUAAAGCUACUUUGAAAGACUUAGGUAUCGAUUCUAUGGAUGCGGUGUCAUUAGCCUCAACUUUAGAACGGGAAGCGCAUAUCGAUAUAUCUGCAUCCAAGCUCAUGGACCCAAACUUUCGCGUUGAUGACCUCGCCGACGUGUCUGAAGACGAAGGCAAGGACGGAAGAAGUCUCUUAAACAGCGAGAUCGACAAAUGGACAAAGAAGCUUAGCAAAAUUGGCUGCUCUCGAGGUCAUUGUGUCCUCUUGACAGGCCCUAACGGAUUUCUUGGCCGAGAAAUUCUACGUCAAGUCCUUCAGUGCCGUCUGAAACCAACAGUUACUUGUCUGAUGCGAGGUAAGGAUUACCAUCACGCUCAGGAAAGGUUUUUCAACAGUUGUCGAGAACUUUCUUGGUGGAGUGACUCGCUUGAAGAGCGUGUGCAAAUUUGGGUCGGUGAUCUGACCCAGCCUCAAGCCGGUCUUGAUGAGCGCCAAUGGGAUACUAUCUUUGGCCUAAAUGGUCAGCCUCGACAAUUCGAUUUUAUCAUCCAUAAUGGGGCAAUUGUGAACUGGCUAGAGCCUUACGGAUCCCUUCAAAAGACCAAUGUGUUUAGUACACACGAGUUUCUCGCCGGCUUCCUACAAUCACAGGACCCUCCCCAGACUAUUUAUGUAUCUGGUGGCUAUCUGUCUGGCUUUGAAGAAACGCGCGAAGAGUUGGUGGAAAAGAUCAGCCAACUGCCUGCCUAUGACCAGACAAAGUUUGUGUCUGAGGUUAUGGUGACGCAUGUACAGUCGAUGAUGGACGUGGGGGGAAGUCGUCUAUGGACAUUCAAACCUGGAUUCAUCGUUGGGUCAACCGAAAAUGGACAUGCUCAGACUGGCGAUACACUUUGGCGUAUGGCCAAGGCAUGCGUCCAAGGUGGAUCCUACAGCAAGGAUGAUGCCUGCAAUUGGAUCACUGCUGCUGGUGUUGAUACCGUCGCAUCUAUGCUCGUUGAUCGGAUGUUGUCACCAGUGUUUGACUCAUGUGCCACGCAAACCCAGAAGCUACUUGAUGGAGUAUAUCUCCAGGAAAUAUGGGAUAUUCUGGAAAUGAUGGAUAUACAUCUUCGGCCUUUAAAACAUGAAGAGUGGUUUGAGGUGAUUCAGAAGGGCCUACAAGAAAGGGGUAAGUCACAUCCUUUAUUUCCAUUAAAAGAGUGGUUCAGAGAAACUAGAGGCUUCAUGGGGAUAGAGAAGCCAGCAAGUGACAUUGUCAGUGAAGAGAAUUGCCGCAAAUCUCGAGAAGCGGUAGUGAGAAGUUUGGAGUUUUUAGCCUCUUCAGGUUUCUUUAGUGAUGGAAUAAGUUCUACCACCACUUAA